CUCACUCGUCCAAGCAAGACGAUUUUUUUUAAACGUAUCUACUUGUGCAAAAUUGCGUGUGCGUGUUUUUUUGUUUUUUUGUUUUUUUAAGUGUGUUAUUAUCUUUGAAGCCCCGAUGACGGCGCGAGCACGCGGACAGGCUGGGUGUCACACACAUCUGGAUCAGACCGGAACGGUCGGUACCAGCACGGGCAUGACGGCGGGAGGUGACGCUGCGUGUAAAUGAUGAACACUCUCCGGGACUGCUCGUCUUGAUCUUCACUUAAACCCAGAUGCCUCCUCUUCCUCUCGACGAGCGCAUAGUGGUCAUCCAGCGGCCUGAAAACUUAGCCUUGUGUGAGGCUUCCCCCCAAGUAAUCCCGCAUCACACUUCUCGGAUAUCCACUUCUUCCAAUGAACAAGUCUCCCGAGUUUCCCGGACUCACCCUUCUCAGCCUCACUUUUACUCACCCACGUGUAAAUCUCUGACUCUGGAAUGCAAACGCAGAUCCUCCCGUGCACAGAAAAUCACGGACAACCAUCUGGUUAUCCCAGCAGGUUACCAACAAGCCCCAAGCCACUGCCACAGCAAUGGAACCGUGACUCUCGGUCCACGACUGCCAUCCCACACACACACGAUUGAUAUCAGACUAAAACUAGACAAAGGCGGCAGAGCAGGAAUUAGCAACUCACUUGGUCGGACUGGAAGUGUCAAGUGUACAAGGGCAAAAUGCCCAACUUUACAUUUGGAUCAGUUUGAGAGAAGAAGUGGAGGUGAACGCAAGUCGCAGCAAAGUCGACACAAUCAGCUGUCAUCUUCCGCCGGAGGACUUCUGCAGUUUGUCCCUGCCCAGGCGCAGCAUUACAAGCUCAGGGGUGAAAAAGGAAAGGAAAAUGUUUUGAACAGAACUGACCAAGAAUUUCCCUCGCUGGAUUAUAAGAAUUCCAAGCUGGGCACUCUGCGCCAAAAUCAUACAAGUCACAGUCUUCCCACCCACCGUAACUCUGUCCCUGUUCCCCAUGCUGCCAUCCUAAACCACCCCUCUUCCUCUGCCCCUCAUCCCGCACACUUCCCUGCCUCCUUCCAACAACUCAACGGGCCUCGCUUUUCUCGACACAGGGAUCACCGUCCUCACAUUCUUCAUGGUCUCACCCUCUCUCCCUGCGCCUCCCAUACAGGAGGGUUCCCCAGCCCUGACCACACCUGUACCAUUGACUGCACCCACCCCUUUGGAUGUGGUUGCUGGAGGUUGGUAAGAUGCAAAGGGUCUAAGGGCCACUCCUCCACGUGCCAAGGAGGUGGAGGUAGUUCUUCCACCUCCUUUUCCGGUGGCCACAAUGUUGGGGCAGUAAAAAAAGGAGGCAAAGAUAUGGGGCUGAAAAAUCUUGGAGGAUGUCUGUCCACCACCUCCACCUCUAACACCUCAUCAACCAACAGCACUGUGUCUGACCGCCGGUCGAAUCUGUUCAAACCACUCCGCUGUGCCUCCUGCGCUAGUGAGGCUGGAGCCUUUGAGAGUCCUGCUAUUCUUCGUAAAAAACUAGUAGGGGGAUGUCUGCCGUGUACCCCUUUAUCCUCUUCUGCCCCUCUUAGGGCAAUUCAAAGCUGUGUCACAGGCUGCAAUCCCAAAGCCUCCCAGAUAGGUAGCUCCACCUGCAGCUACUGUAGCAGCGAUCCCAUAGUGGUAACAUUUAACCCUCGCAGAGGUAAACCGCCCGGAAGAAGUAUUGGGGCGCCUCAUUCAGCGACUACGUUUCAAGCUGAUGACGAUGACUACAGUGUGCGUACUAUCUGGCCUGAGGAACUGGCCAGAAAGAUGACCCAUUCCACAGCUCAAAAAAAUCACUGUGCCGGCGUGGGAGUAGGUGUCGGGAAGACCACUUCGAGCCAGAUCCAAAAUGGAAGCAACGGAAGUGGACUUGUACUCCUGGACUCUCAUAACCUUCAAGAGUAUGCACACUCUCAGCUAACAGACCACGCUGGACGACGUCGCCUACAGCAGGGAAACAUGGCUGCUUUGGAUUUUAUAGGCUAUAGGUCGGGGUCAGGAUUUGAAGAAGGCCGGGAUUCACUAAGGAGGCUUCUGAAUAAAGCCGACAAUGUAGGAAUGAGCAGCACUCUUGAGCAUGACAGAGACGCCCCAUAUACUGGUUCACCUUCUCCCUGCUCACCUUCUCCACUAUCACCGGUUUCCUUUUCGCCUACACCGUCCGCCCCCAGCACACUCAUCAAAACCAAACCCUGGCAGAGAGACAGGGAAGGGGGGCAUUCGCUACCAUCAGCUCAGUCCCUUCACUUGGCUCUGAACUCACUAAACAGAGAGCAAGAUGAAGAGAAGAGCAGAAUGCACCUUUCCCUGCCACUUUCAUCUUCGCUGCCAGCCUCCCUAUCCGAUGAGUCUGCCAUGACUCCCGAUGCGGAGAACGCAGUCGUCAGUGCCAUCCUUCCAUUCUUGUUUCUUGGAAACGAACGGGAUGCUCAGGACUUGGAUCUCCUGUUGCGCCUCAACAUCGGCUACGUGGUGAACGUGACGACUCAUCUGCCCCUCUACCACGUCAAAUCUGGAUUGCGCUACAAAAGGCUGCCAGCCACAGACAACAGCAAACAAAACCUUCGACAAUAUUUUGAGGAGGUUUUUGAGUUUAUUGAGGAGGCAUAUCAGAGUGGGCAGGGAGUGUUGGUGCAUUGCCAGGCAGGUGUGUCCCGUUCUGCAACCAUCGUCAUCGCCUACUUAAUGAAGCACACCCUCAUGACAAUGACAGACGCCUAUAAAUACGUACGUAGCCGUCGUCCUGUGGUGUCACCAAAUUUAAACUUCAUGGGCCAGCUUUUGGAGUUUGAGAGAGACCUCAACUCAGGGGUGACUCCUCGCAUCCUGAUGCCUAAACUUGACGGUGUGGAGACGCAGGCUCGUGAUCCUCAUUCUCAACAACCACAAUGCACCUGCUCCGUCUUUCCUAACAUCCGAAUGAAAGGAGACACCCCAGUGAACAGCACCAUGAGUGUCGGCCAGGCCAGGAAGCUGGUGGAGCAACUGAAGAUAGAGGCCAGUUUCUGCAGGAUAAAGGUGUCCAAGGCGGCAGCUGACCUGAUGGCGUACUGCGACGCCCACUCCUGUGACGACCCCCUGAUCACACCCGUGCCCACCUCAGAGAACCCUUUCAGGGAGAAAAAGUUCUUCUGCGCUCUGCUUUAAAACUAAUCAGGGAUUGUUGUAAUUUUAAAUACAAAAAGUACAGCGUGUACACGUAUGUACACUGUGUACAUGUACCUGCCAUCAAAUCAGACAUGAAGUACAGUACUCGCAGCACACACUCUGCUAUGAACUACUAGACUGUCUAUCAGUGUUAGAGAACGUUCAGCAAACCUGCUGAUUUAUGAGUCAGAGUCAUCAAGACAGGACUGAAAGAAAAUAUUUAAUUCAUCUGUAAGAAAAUAUCACAUUUAUAAAUACAUAACAAGAGUUAAAUAUUGAUAAGAUCCACUUGUAAGGCUGGGAUACAUUCCUGUGAUUUAUUUAUGAGUCAUGUCAAACAAUGUUUAGCUCUGAUUAUUAGGGUGUGUAUAUGUAGGUGCUAUGUGCGAAUAUGUAUGAGUAAACAAAUGUGUAGAUUUACAUCCAUAAUGGCCCUCUCAUCAGGUACACCCAGGGGGGACCCCCACAUAUGCAGGCCCUUCCAAGGUUUCUCGUUGUUCCAAUUGGGUUGAGUUUUUUCUUGCUGAUGUGGGAUCUGAGCCGAAGAUGUCGUUGUGGCUUGUGCAGCCCUUUGAGACAUUUGUGAUUAAGGGCUAUAUAAGUAAACUUUGAUUAAUUGAUCCGUGCAAUCCAAUGAAUGAGCAGCUCAUUCAUCAUGCAAAAAGAGUCAGCCGAGCUCACCUUGGGCUGGAAACUUAAUGUUAUUUGGGGUUUUGUUUUUUACAGGUAAACAUAAGAUAACUAAUCAAAACAAAGGCACGUUGGCUAAGAUAAUAACACCAUUAUCUGACACGCGAGUUAACAUAAAAACGAGACGAGAAUUUUGUCAGGAACGAAAUCCAAUCAUAGUCAAUUCUGUCUUGUCAAUUGGUGGGACAAGAUCGGAAUAUGUCCAAUCACAGUUUAUUAAUGGUGUACAUUGAAAGUAGCGUGGGGAUUAGUUAUAAAAGAUGCUUUUCCUUGCGAGAUUAGAAAGUCACCGCCAAAAACAAAAUGUGCGGAUUUAGCAUGUUCCACAUGGUAAUAUGUGUAAAACUGGGAUAAAGUGAACACAUUUUUACUGCUGUGAUGCAAUCAGCCGGCAAAUCAAUGAUCGUGACAUCUACACAACUUUAAGUUAAAUCUACUAUUUGUUGCUUCGUGUUGUGGCAAAAACUGACUCCCUGCCAAAAAUGUAUUCCCGACUCGUGAGCGCGCAUCGCAUCUGUCCACGCCUGAUUAUCCACGCCUGAUUACUACAUGUAAAACAAACACAUUCGUGGUAACUGUAAGGAUAUGUGUUUGAAAUUAUUUAUGCCUUCAUCGUGUUUGAAAAAUGAAAGAGUUGGCCAUUUCUAUGGUAUUUUUGAGCUUGUAAAAGACGGUUGUUGAUCUGAUGUUGAUGUGCUAAAACCUAAGUCUUGUUUAAAAGCUACAUACAAUAUUAAUAGUGUUUGGAUGUAUUCUUGGUUGCCAAAAUAUAUUUAAUGUAAUAUUUUAAUAGACACGUCUCAUCUGUGCAUUUCCUAAAAAAAUGUCAAUCUACAUAACUAGAAAUAGAUGCUGGGUGAGCACAUUUAUAAAAAUCCACAAAUAAUGUCAAUCUCCUGGUGUAUAUUUAUUAAUUAGACAUUGUUUUAUUGUACUUUGCUACUAAACAAUUUCAGCAAAAAUAUUAUACAGUACACAUAUACAUAAUGCACCUGUCAGUGUACAGUGCAGUUGCUACAAGCACAAUAAUAAAGAGUUAAUACUUCUCUGAGCAUUGAAUUGUGAUGACACGGCACCUUAUUGAAACUCAUAAUGUGUGGGUGUACUUAAAGUAAUUAAAACCAAACAUCUGAUUACCUUCAACUUUAAGUUAUAUGACAUGAAGAAUGAGUAUAGUACAGGGUUUUCCAUUGCUACCAAUAUUUGUUCAUUAUUACUUUGACAAAAUAUUUUUAAUAUUUUAUGACUAUUAUAUCAGCAACUCUGGUAGGUUGAAAAAAGUUAUCUGAACAACAAGCACUGAAAUAAAACCUUGUGAAACACUUUUUCCCUCACUUGCGAUUUUAUUUCAUAUACGCUCAAUCCAAAAAAAACACGGUUGAAUAAGUCUUAUUUCUCAAACAUAAAAGCGUAUCAGACAUUGUGUUAACUGUUAAAUAAUACAACUACCAUGGUAUUAAGGCAUGCUAUGUAAUAACCAAAUCUGAAUAAUCACAGUAAAUGACUUGCUUGCAGAAUUUAAAUUACUAAUAUUUUGACAUAAUCCCAAUUUUGUGUGAUUAAUUGCAAGUAAUAAACACUUUAACUUUGCUUAUUUGCAUGAAAAAUUCAAAGGUCUCAUCCAUAAAGCUUGCAUACACACAAAGGGGGGCUGGAAAAAAACUUAGUGUUUUACACACAAAGUAUGUGAGCUAUAAAAGCACACAACUACAAACUCAACACUUUUCGAAGAUAUGGCAAAAAGGUGACACAUGUAAGCUGAAGUGAAGAUAUCUUUUUAGAAUUGAUUUUGAUCCUAAAUGCUUUGGAAGCAAAGAUUAAAGCAGGGCUCUUUUAAAUGUUGUCCAAUGCCAAGUACCCCCAAACUGAAUUAGAGAUGGAGCGAGCACGCUCUACCUUAAAUAUGUUGUCACAAACUGUGUUUUAAAUUAAAGUAAAUAUCCCAAAGUGGCCAAAAAUAUUAAAUAUACUCGUUAAAUAAAACAUCUGCCUUAUUUUUAAUGAAUACUUAGACCUAUAACGCUACUGUAUUUAAUGUUGGUCAUUAUGUGGUACUUGGAGAGUAACGUUUUUUCUGAAAUGGUACUUGGUGAAAAAAACACUGCUCUAAGAUAUUCAAAUACACUACAGCGUUGCUAAUAGCUAGCUUGCAACUAGCAUAUUAAUUGCUAACUGACAACUAACAUGCUAAUCGCUAGCUGUAUACUAGUGCACUAAUAACUAGUGCAAUAAUAGCUAGUUGGCAACUAGCAGGCUAAUCGUAACUGUCAAGUACCAUGCUAAUCGCUUUUUUGGAUACCAGUGCACUAAUUGCUAGCCGAUAACUAGUGCAACAAUAGCUAACUGUCAACCAGCCCGCUAAUCGCUAGCUAGCAAACAGCACGUAAAUUGCUAGCUGGAAAACUUGCUAGCAAUCUUAGAUGCCAACACGAUUAUAAUAUAAUUGUUCACAUUUUUAUUGUAAAACUAACAUGGGUAUUUAAAGACAAUUUUGCAGAAAAAUUGUGGAGGAAACAUAAGGAAAUUUUUUUUUUUAAAGCAAUCAACCAUAAAAACCACGCUUAAUUACCAAAUUUAAAAAAAUAUUAAGUCAGUUACACCAACUUUUGUCAUUUGUAAGUGUUUUACAAUUAAGGCAAAAGCUGCAAUUGACAAGGCAAGAAUGCAUAAGAUCUGACAUGCAUAGGUGUCCUUAAUGUAGUGACCAGUGAGCAUACAUGUUAAAAGUUGCAGUGAGGUCAGCAGCAAUAUACUUUUUAUUUGCGUGAUCAUUUUUGA